AUGUCCGCCGUCGACCCCAAUCGCUGCGACAUCACGGCCUUCAUGGCCCAAGCCUCGACCGCGCUCGGUCGAGAACUCCCAGCACCCAAAGACAUCUUCAACUUCGGCGGGUCAUCACCCGAACUAGCCGACUCACGACUCCGACUCGCCAUCGCCGGCGCCAAAUCUGCCACCACUUCCUGGCCCGUCCCAGACCCGAUGCAUUGGGGCGUCGGCGACCUCUCCGUGAUUCUUGACGGGCGUGGCGUACCGGCCGCCAUUAUGCGCACCACGUCACUGCUGCGAUGCCGGUUCCGCGAUGUGGAGGAGGAAUUUGCGCUCGCUGAGGCUGAGGGGGAUUAUGAGGCGUAUCGGACGGGGCAUAUUGAGUUUUAUCGGGCGCAGGAGAAGGAAGGGGGUGAGAAGUUUGGGGAUGAUAGUGAGGUGUUGUGUGAGCGGUUUGAGAUUGUUUAUGCUGUGGUUGAUGGCGAGGUUGUAAAGCCUUCGGCGUAUUAA